GAUAGAGCGCUGAGAAGUUGAGACGCCGCUGUGGCAGGGAGCUUCUUUGCAUGUGUGUGAGCGUUUAGUUUGAGUGCACUGGAAAGCAGAGAUACAGUAUGUGUGAGGCUGACUUGUGCGGACGAUAAAAACGCGCAGAGGGAGAUACACAUUCACAUUCUCUCGCCAAUCAUUGUGUGAGCCUGUGUGUGCAUGCACUGAACGGUAGAAGCGACGUUUGACAUCUGUACCGGGAGAGAAGAGAGGAGCCGCGACCAGUGCGCUCGCAAAAUCGGGGAUUUUUUUAACGCAUCUAUUUUAGAUUUUUUAACGCGUGUUUUUUUACCCAGGCUCGGGAGUGCUCGAGUUCCGCGGCGGAUACACACAUAGCAAUGACUGGACUGGCAUACGUUCUCAACAAUUUACCGGCUUUCUGUAAUAUCUCCGGGUAGCGGAUAAUAUCCUCACCAACUACCGAGUUAUACUGACAAAUAAAGAUACAAUUGUUGUCUGGUAUUGACUUUAAGAUGUCUUGAGAAAAGACAUUUUACAGAGAAAAUGACAGACUACCGGGAGGAUGGCAUGGACUUGGGGAGCGACGCCUCCAGUCGCUCCAGCUCCGAGUCCAACUCCAACAAGGUGACACCUUGUUCUCCCUCCUUAGACCUAGCAUGCCUGGAAGACUACAAGUCUUCCCCUUCCCUGGAACUGGCAACCCUAGAUGACUACAAAUCCUCCCCAUCUUUGGAACUGGCAACCUUAGAAGAGGACUACAAAUCCUCUCCCUCCAUGGAUCUGGCAACCCUGGAGGAUGAGGACUAUGAGGAGGAUGAGGACUACCAGGAGUACAAGAAGAAGGUGAUCGAGGAGUGGAAGAGUGAGUACGGGGACGACUACAGCUCCCAGCAGCCCCGUGGCCAGGAGGAGGGUGGAGUUGUGGGGGGGAUAGGGGCACCUGGCGGAGGCUUCAGGAAGCCAGUGAACAGCCGCAGCCUGGCCGAGGAGUUCCAGGAUGUGAAACCUCCACCCCUUCCUACUCACAGUGGACACACAGCCACCUUCGCUGCUGCCGUGCCUGAGGAACUGAAACAGAAUGGCAACCUGAUCCUGCCCCACUCCCCUACCAGGCCCCUACCCAGGGGCACGGGGGCCACCAAGCCCAGCUACAGGCGCUCCAGCCGGGGCAGAGGUGGCAUUGGAGGAGGGGGUGGUGGUGGAGGAGGGGGAAUAGGAGGACGGAGGGGGGGAUACAGAGAGGAGGAGAUUGUGGAGGAAGAGUCCCUGCCCACCAUGGACUGGGCAGCUCUGGAGAGACACCUGGCGGGGCUGCAGAGCAGAGAGCAGGAGAACCAGAACCUCAAUCACAACCACAGCCUGGGAAAGACCGCCUACACCUCAGCCCAAAAGAAUGAGAGGGAGUCCAUCCGGCAGAAGCUGGCCCUGGGUAGUUUCUUUGACGAUGGGCCGGGUAUCUAUACCAGCUGCAGCAAGAGUGGCAAGCCCAGUCUGUCCUCACGGCUGCAGAGUGGGAUGAACCUGCAGAUCUGUUUUGUCAACGACAGCGGCAGCGACAAGGACAGCGAUGCAGACGACAGCAAGACAGAGACCAGUCUGGACACACCGCUGUCCCCCAUGUCGAAGCAGAGUUCGUCCUACUCUGACCGGGACACUACGGAGGAAGACAGUGAGUCUCUGGAGGACAUGGACUUCCUGAGCAGACAGAAGAAGUUGCAGGCCGAGGCUAAGCUAGCCCUGGCGAUGGCCAAACCCAUGGCCAAGAUGCAGGUGGAGGUGGAAAAACAGAACCGCAAGAAGUCUCCUGUGGCAGACCUGCUGCCCCACAUGCCCCACAUCAGUGAGUGUCUGAUGAAGAGGAGCCUGAAGCCUACAGACCUGAGAGACAUGACCCUGGGACAACUACAGGUUAUAGUCAACGAUCUGCACUCCCAGAUAGAGAGUCUGAAUGAGGAGCUGGUGCAGCUGCUGCUGAUCAGGGAUGAACUGCACAUGGAGCAGGAUGCCAUGCUGGUGGACAUAGAGGACCUGACCAGGCAUGCUGAGAGCCAGCAGAAACACAUGGCUGAGAAGACCCCAUCCAAAUGAGACACCUCAACCCUACCCCAUCCCUUUACUCCACCCCUGCCCCAUCUUGGUCCCUGUGCCCUGCCCCACGUCUCUCGCUGCUCUCCCCCUCUGUCUGCCCCUCUCCCAUGGUGGCAGCAGCCAGAGGAAGGCCACCCUUUCAUUUGCUUCUGUGGUUGUCCCAGCGCUAAAGACAGAGAAUGUCCUGCUUCCUGGGAGAAGAGGAAACUGAUUGUGUGUUGUCAUGGAUACUGUCCCGGCUUCCUGUGCAGUGAUCGGCCUUGCUUCGCUAUUGUUUAUUUUUAACUUUUUACAUCCACCACUAAAUUAUAACUGUCAAUACAAAAUGGUGGAGAAAAAAAAAAUAAUAGUGAGAAAUUAGUAGAAAGUCAGUUAAAAGAGAAAAAAAGAAACAUUGUAUAAAACUAUGAAGACUAACUUCAGACUAUUUUAAGUUGAAAGGUAAUUUUUAAGUAUUUCAAAGUCAACCUCUUUUUAUUCUGCACAAUUGGUAGUUUUCAACUGAGAAAUGUUUAUUUGAAGGUGCUAAAAGAGUGUAAAGGAAACAUGCCUGCCUUGUAGUGGAGUUGUAACUUUUGGUAAUACAUUCACUCUGAUCGGUCUUCAACAUUUUGUGAAUGUUGAUUUUCUGACACGAGUCAAUUUAAAUGAAUAAAUGUGUUAAUAUCAUUUACAUCCUAUUGUAUUGAGAAUUUUUAUUUGAGGGAAGAAAUGUUAAUGUACAGAUAUGUAAAAUAAAAAAUUAACUUUGUUUCAUA